AUGUCGCCUUAUCGGAUUGUGUAUGGUAAGGGAUGUCACUUGCCGGUUGAAUUAGAACACAAGGCUUAUUGGGCGAUUAAAAAAUUGAAUUAUGACUUUAAGGCGGUGGGUGAGAAGCGUUUGUUGCAACUCAAUGAGUUGGAUGAAUUUCGGUUUGAUGCUUAUGAGAAUGCCAAGCUUUAUAAAGAGAGAACAAAGAAAUGGCAUGACGCUCACAUCUCACUGAAGUCUUUUGAGGUCGGAGCCUUUGUGUUGUUGUACAAUUCGAGGUUGCAGUUGUUUCCGGGAAAAUUGAAAUCUCGGUGGAGUGGACCUUUCAAGAUUCGGAACGUGGCGAAUAAUGGUGCUUUGGAACUUGAAAAUCAAAAGGGUGAACCGUUUAAGGCCAACGGACACCGUUGCAAGCCCUAUCUAGGACCUUUGACGGAUCAAAUUGGUGAAAAAGCUUAUCUCGCCCCCCUUUCGUGA